AUGUUAGCAUGCAAAUUGCAAGGGGGAGUUGUUAGCAACAAUUGUAGGAUAAGGCAAUUCAUGAUGGAUAAGAAAGGAGAGCCCAAAGAGAGCGCCUCUUCGGUUGUGGUUCAAGCAUUGGUGACUCGGGAGGAUACCUUUAAAAUUAAGGUCCCUGAAUUGACCACCACUUACAAACCCACAAUACCCUUCAUAGAGAAGCCAACAACGGAAAUUCUAGAGAGGAAAGUCCUCUUCAGUUCUCAAAAAUUUGGUAGGUUUGGAGGGAAGUUCGUACCUGAGACACUUGUAGUGUGUUUGACCCAGCUUGAAGAUGAGUUUAGAAAGGCCAUCAACGAUGAAGGUUUUCAGGCAGAGCUAGCGGCGGCGUUAAGAGAUUAUGCAGGGAGAGAGACACCUCUGUAUCAUGCUCAGCGGUUCUCAGAGUAUUACAAGAGCAAGAAUAAUGGGAAAGGGCCUGAUAUAUACUUAAAGAGAGAGGAUCUCAACCACAGUGGUUCUCACAAGAUGAAUAAUGCUCUUGCACAAGCCAUGCUUGCUAAGCGAAUGGGUCGAAAAAGCGUUGUCACCGCUACUGGCUCUGGACAACAUGGGCUUGCAACAGCUGCAGCAUGCGCCAAACUCGGUUUGAAGUGUACGGUCUUCAUGGCCGCCAAAGACAUGGACAGACAAUCUUCAAACGUGCGUUUGAUGAAGUUGUUAGGAGCUAAGGUUGAAGCAGUUAAUGGAAGCUUCAAAGAUGUAGCAUCAGAGGCCUUUCGUAAUUGGGUGGAAGACUUGGAAAACAGCUACCACUUGACGGGUUCAGCUGUGGGACCACACCCAUGUCCGACUAUGGUCCGUGAGUUUCAAUCAGUCAUAGGGAAAGAAACAAGGAUGCAAGCAUUGGAAAAAUGGGGAGGAAAACCAGAUGUUCUUGUUGCUUCCGUAGGGACUGGUUCUAAUGCUCUUGGUCUGUUCCAUGAGUUUAUACCAGAUAGAGAUGUUAGACUCAUUGGAGUUGAGGCUGCUGGUUUUGGCUUGGACACUGGAAAACAUUCUUCAACCUUGGCUACCGGAGAAGUUGGUGUUUACCAUGGAGCCAUGACCUAUUUACUCCAGGAUGAGGAUGGACAAAUUAUUCAACCACACUCCAUUGCAGCUGGGAUGGAGUACCCAGGAGUUAGUCCAGAGUUAAGCUUUCUUAAGGAAUGCGGGCGUGCGGAAUUCUGCGUUGCAACUGAUGAAGAAGCUCUUGAUGCGUACGAAAGAUUAUGCAAAUUGGAAGGCAUAUAUCCAUCCCUGGAGGCCGCACAUGCAUUAGCUAUCUUAGAUAAGUUGGUCCCCACUUUACGCAAUGGGAGCAAGGUUGUUGUGAAUUGUUCCGGGCGUGGAGAUAAAGAUGCAGCCAUAGUCUUCAAUCGCAGACAAUUUGAUAGAGAAUGAUAUUGCAAGAUACAAGAUACAAGAUACAACCAUUGUAAUAUAUUCAUUAUUUAAUUAUUUGUUCAAGUCUUAUAAAAAUUAAAUAAUAAUUUGAAAGUAGAUAUGUAUACGUUAAUAUUGAUGUAUCUAAUAGUGUAAAAGUAAUUUUAAUU